UUUCUAGUCCCGCGUACCCGCUGGGAGCUGCGCUUAGAAAUACUUCUCACCCCAGGGUCCUUUCCAGAAGAGAAGUACUUUGGUGGGGGGGGGGUAGUGUGAGCUGAAGCGAGCCCCCGGAGAACCGGAAUGCGGUGGGAAGAGGUUUACUUUUGGGGGUUGCAAACCAGUCCCUCAACGCCGUUCAGGAAACGGGUUUAUCAUAAGAGCAUCAGGGCCAUGUUGCUUCUGACUCGAGGGCCCAAGGCUUGGCCCAGGCUCUCUCUGCUCAAGCCCCCAAACCUCCCUAGGACCCUGAACGAUGGAACCCUGUGUGAAAGAGCCCAGCACUUCUCAGGACGGGGCCCUGCAAAAACUGUUAGGCAGGGCCAGCCCUUAGGCCCUGGGCUUCGAACCAGGCUCCUGAUCACUGCCCUUUUUGGGGUAGGGCUGGGUGGGGCCUGGCUGGCUGCCAGGGCUGAGAAGGAACGGCAGAGGCAACAACGUCGGACAGAGGCCCUGCGCCAGGCCAGUGUAGGCCAGGGCGACUUCAGUUUGCUGGACCACCACGGCCAGGCCCGCUGCAAGGCCGACUUCCAGGGUCAGUGGGUGCUGAUGUACUUUGGCUUUACCCACUGUCCUGACAUCUGCCCUGAUGAGCUCGAGAAGCUGGUGCAGGUGGUACAACAGCUAGAAGCCCAGCCUGGCCUGCACCCCGUGCAGCCCAUCUUUAUCACCGUCGACCCUGCACGGGACGACACAGCAGCCAUGGCCCGUUAUGUGCAGGACUUCCACCCAAGGCUGCUGGGCCUGACAGGUUCUGCUGAGCAGGUGGCCCAAGCUAGCCGAAGCUACCGUGUAUACUACAGAGCCGGCCCCAAGGACGAGGACCAGGACUACAUUGUUGACCACUCCAUUGCCAUCUACUUGCUCAAUCCUGAUGGUCUCUUCACUGACUACUACAGUCGGGGAAGGUCAGCAGAGCAGAUUGCAGACAGUGUGAGGCAGCACAUGGCUGCCUUCCAAAGUGUCCUGUCCUGAACGGGGAAGCCUGGGCCCUGUCAUUAAACAGGAAGUACUUGUGUACUGAGUCUG